AUUGAGCCACCUAUGUGAUAGUUAAGUAGUGUGCUAAUUGAGCCAUGUGAUAGUACAGCAUUGUUGAACAAACACAGUAAAACAGUUUCACAGAUGUCUGGAGAGAAAUGACUGAGUCAAACACACUGAUGCUGAUGAACAACUCUAAUGUUUAUGGAACUAAAUAGAAAUAAGUGCCCAGUUCAGAGCUUUGCUUAGUUUAAUUCAACCGCUGUCAACACUUCAACAGACUUCCUGUGAUUCAAACCUGGCCUGUCUCUGGUUCACACUCCAGUCCAGCUGGUGGAGGUAACGCACCUUAAAGUUGGAUGUCGACAGCCAGAUAAAAACCCCACAGAAGUGAAGCAGACAAAACACCCAGACAGCAUGGAGCUCCCCUCACCAUGGGCAAUUCUCUUUUUGAGUGCUCUAACCUACUGUGGACAACCCCAAGAAAGACCUCGUCCUGGUCUGACUCUGUCUCCGUCCUGGUGGGUGAAUGCUGGGGACUCUGUGACUCUGAGCUGUCAGGUUAAUGGAUCCUCUAUAGGCUGGCGCUUCUCCUGGUACAGGCUAGUUUCCUACAGAGAGGGGCUGCCCUCUUAUCCAGACCAGAACUUCUCUGCAGAGCUGCUACCAGACAGUGAUGACGGAGCUGGAGGCUCCUACACUCUCAGUCAUGUUGGUCUGAAUCACAGAGGGAGGUAUCUGUGUAGAGCAGAGAGACACGUUUACACAGAGUUCAGUGAAAUCAAGUUUCUGUGGGUUGAAGACCUGUCUCCUUCAGCGUCUCUGAGUGUCAGUCCUAACCAAGUUCAGUUCUUUAUGAGAGAGUCUGUCUCAUUGAGCUGUGAGGCACAGGGGAACUCGAGUGGCUGGAGUGUGAAGAGGUACCUGCGAUGGGGCGAACCCUGGGUGGUAGAUUGUCCCACUGCCUGGAUGACCGGGUCCUUAUGCACCUUUACAGCUGCUGAUAUCUGGUCAGACACUGGAGUCUACUGGUGUGAGUCAGCAUCAGGAGAAUACAGUAAUGCGGUCAACAUCACUGUGUCUGGGUUGGGCGUGGCCUUGGUAAGCCCUGCCCUUCCUGUGACCGAGGGAGAAUCUGUGACUCUGAGCUGCAGAUAUAAGACAACUCCUUCCAUUCUCACGGCUGAGCUUCAUAAAUGGAUGGAUAAUGAGUCCCUCAUCAGGGCCGAGCUACCGGCUGAGAUGACCAUCCCUGCUGUAUCCAGGUCAAAUGAAGGAUGGUACAGGUGUGAAAACCCUGAGCUGGGAGCCUCUCAUGGCAGCUGGCUGUCAGUGCGAGCUCCGCCCCCGCCCCCGCCCCCGUCUCCGCCCCCGCCUCCGUCUCUGCCACGAUCUCCACGCCCAGUGUGGCCCUUGUCUUGGCCGACCCUGCUGUGCAGCUUACUGCUGGUGUUGUUGUUCCUGCUGGUGACUGUUGUUCUGGCAGUGAAAGGCUGUAGGUCUCGAGCUCCACCCAGAGAGGAGAUGAACAAUACAGACCAAGUUGUCAGUAUUAAUGUGACCGACCAAUCAGUGGGAAACGAACACUGAAGUGGGACAUAGACUAUGAGCUGAUCGGUGCCAAAUUACCAAGUCCAACUGCUAACAAAAAGUAUUUAUUUUCAGUGACCACAUUUUGUGGGUUCUGUCCUUAGCUUGAUUGAAUACCUGUGAGACAUAUCACAGUGAAGUAUUUUUAAUUUUAUUUAGUAAGUUUUAAAAAAGAACGCCUACAUUUUAUUUAUUUAUUUCACUAAAUAUUCAGGCUGUAUGGCUUUCAAUACAACUGGCCUACACACUGUUAAAAUUUUAACUUUGUUUUAAGUAUCAGUCAAAAUAGACAAAAUGUUUUCCUUGGUUUUAAUGUUGGUUUCCAUUAAUUGAAAGGAGCUGUGAAACUUUAAA